AUGAAGCAGAAAAAAAAAAAAAAUACUACUCAAGAAAAAAAAAACAAAGAAGAAGAAGAACAAGAACAAAAUGAUAGGGCAGAAAAUAAAAUCGUAGAAAUUAAAAACAAAGAAGAUGAUGAAAUAAUAACAGAAAUAAAUAAAUAUAACAAACAAAAAAUAAACAUGAUUGAACAAAAUAAGGAUGACGCAAAAAAAAACUUAAGUAAUUUAUUGAGCUUAUAUAAUUCUAGCGAAGAUGAAGCAGAGGAACAAUUAAAUAAUGAAUAUAAUGAUCAAAAGGAAAAAGGAAAGAGAAAUUCAAAAAAUAAUCAACAGGAUGGUCAAAUAUGUGACGAUAAAAUAUGUGACGAUAAAAUAUGUGACGAUAAAAUAUGUGACGAUAAAAUAUGUGAUGAUAAAAUAUGUGACGAUAAAAUAUGUGACGAUAAAAUAUGUGAUGAUAAAAUAUGUGACGAUAAAAUAUGUGAUGAUAAAAUAUGUGACGAUAAAAUAUGUGAUGAUAAAAUAUGUGAUGAUAAAAUAUGUGAUGAUAAAAUAUGUGAUGAUAAAAUAUGUGAUGAUAAAAUAUGUGAUGAUAAAAUAGGUGAUGAUAAAAUAUGUGAUGAUAAAAUAUGUGAUGAUAAUAAUAAUAAAGAUACAUAUCAACAUAAUGAAUCAACCACCAUUAUAAAAAACAAUAAGAAUAUAAAAGAUAAACAAAUUGGUUGUAAACAAAAUACAUCUUAUAAUAUAUCUACAACAAAUAAUAUAAAUAAUGAGAUUCCUAAAUAUCCGCAGAAACAAUACAAUCAUAUAUAUACCAACCAAUCUAAUAUUAGUCAUAGUAUGCAUAAUACUUAUUACCCACAAAAUGCAUAUCAAAAUGAGAACUAUUAUUAUCAAUAUUUAAAUUACCCUCAUGUGGCUAAUUUUAAUAUGAUGAUGAAUACUACAAAUCCUGUAUUAUAUAAUAAUACAAAUAAUACAAAUAAUAACAAUAAUAAUAAUAAUAAUAUAUAUAUAAAUAAUAAAUCAAAAAAAAACAAUUUUAAUAAUUUAGGGUUUUCUAAAAAUAAAGAAAUGAAUAUAGAUAUUAAUCAAAUACCUGUUGUUGACCAGAGAGAAAUUUUGAGAGAAUGGAAACCAAAUAUAAUAAAAGAAGAAAAGAAAAGUCAAAAAUAUACAAUUAAAACAAAGGUAUAUAAUCCGGUUAAUAAUACUUUUGAUAAAGCCAUAAUUCAUGGAAAAAAUCAAAAAAGAAAACAUCAAAUUAAUUGGCUAGCCAAGGAAGCAGUCGAAAAGGAAUAUGAAAUUUUGCAAAAGACAAACAAUAAUAAAAGAAGAACUACUAGUGAUAAAUAUGGAUGGUAA